AUGGACGAAAAGACAUCUUCGCCGUCUGAACGCAGUCGUGCUUCAGAAUUCUACGGCUUUGUCGCAUGGACUUCUACUUACUUGCUUUUCGUCAUUUACGUUUUAUGGGCUUUGUUGCCAGACGAGUAUAUUACAUUCCUGGGUGUCUAUUGGUACCCAAGUCGAGAAUGGGCACUCCUAGUCCCUUCAUGGUCAAUAGUCAUUGUCGUUCUCACAUACGUCAUAUAUUCCUCGAUGGCUAUUGCUUCGCAACCAUCUUUCGACGACAUGAGCGCCAUUGCAGACACACGCGCUAGCCUCCCGACGCGUCCCGGUCACAACCCGUACUUGGGUUCAGCGUCUGAGUUGUACGAUAUUCCAAUUGCGAUGGUGAAUCGCGUUCUUUAUAGCGAAAAGCGCAAGGGAUAG